AAAAGAGUUUUAGAUGGGUAUGAGGAUGAAGAGGUGGAGAAGAGCUUGGUGAAACGGGUGAUGGUGGAGUCGAAGAAGUUGUGGAUGCUAGCAGGGCCAGCAAUCUUUACGUCCAUAUGUCAGUACUCACUGGGAGCACUCACUCAGACCUUUGUAGGACAAGUGAAUGCUCUUGCACUCGCCGCCGUCUCCGUCGAGAAUUCUGUAAUCGCCGGACUUGCUUUCGGCGUCAUGUUGGGAAUGGGGAGUGCAUUGGAAACGCUAUGCGGGCAAGCAUAUGGAGCAGGACAGAUUACGAUGCUGGGAAUUUACAUGCAGAGAUCAUGGGUCAUUUUGUUUGUCACUUCUCUGUUUUUGGUUCCAAUUUAUGUCUUCUCUCCUCCCAUUCUAAAGCUCUUUGGCCAGACUGAUGAGAUUGCUGAUGCCACUGGGAAGUUUGCCCUAUGGAUGCUUCCACAAUUGUUUGCUUACGCCUUAAAUUUCCCAAUACAGAAGUUCCUGCAAGCACAGAGAAAGGUUCUUGUAAUGGCUUAUGUUGCAGGAGUAGUGUUGGUGAUACAUGUAUUGCUUAGUUGGCUGCUAAUCUUGAAGUUAGGGUGGGGUUUGGUUGGUGCUGCUGUGAGUCUCAACUUCUCAUGGUGGCUUGUUGUUUUAGGUCAAUUGGCCUACAUUUUUAUUUGGAAAUCUGAUGGAGCUUGGACUGGUUUCUCUUUCCAAGCUUUUAAAGACCUCUUUAGCUUUGUAAAGCUUUCCUUGGCUUCUGCUGUCAUGUUAUGCUUGGAGUUUUGGUACUUGAUGAUAGUUACAGUCCUAGCAGGUCAUCUAAACAAUGCAUUGAUUGCAGUUGAUGGCAUCUCUGUCUGCAUGAACAUUAAUGGAUGGGAUUUUAUGAUUGCACUUGGAUUCAAUAUUGGAAUAAGUGUGAGAGUAUCAAAUGAACUGGGGGCAGGUAAACCUAGAGCAGCAAAAUUUGCAAUAUUGGUGGUUUCUGCAACAUCCAUAAGUAUAGGACUGGUUUGCAUGGCCUUGGUUUUGGGAACAAGGGACUACUUUCCUUAUAUUUUCACCAACACUGCUGAAGUGAGGAAAGAGGUCACCAAGCUUUCACCCUUGUUAGCAAUUACUGUGCUUCUAAAUAGCCUUCAACCAGUCUUGUCUGGGGUUGCUAUUGGAGCUGGAUGGCAAGCUCUGGUUGCAUACAUCAACAUUGGAUGUUAUUAUAUAGUUGGAUUACCUGCUGGCUUACUCUUGGGGUUUAAAUUUGGUUUUGGGAUUGAGGGUAUUUGGGGAGGGAUGAUUGGUGGCAUCGUUUUGCAGACCAUAGUCUUGACCUUAGUUACAUCAUACACUAACUGGAAUAAGGAGGCCUCUGAAGCAGGGAGCCGUGUUAGAAGAUGGGGAGGAUCGGUGGCAGAAAAUUGACUUGUUUCUUUCAAACUUUUGGUCAAU